AUGAACUCAAGACAGCAGCAGGAGAUACUUGAAAUCCGUCAGUACAUUGGCAAAACAGUUGAUAUCAGUAAAGGCAAGGAAAACUUUGCAGAUAUAGCCAAACCUAUUCUAAAAGUGGAAAUUGGCUUGAAUAAAAAGUUUAAGAUACUUGAUUUUCAAAGUUUGCUUGCUAACAAUGGGAAGAAUAACCAAACCCUUUCAUCACUGUGUGAAUUCUUAGCUGAAGUUGAAACUAUUUGUGUGAAUUUUAAGAAAUGCAUACCUCAGUAUAGUUUUAUUCCGGUUACACAUUCAGUUUACCUGAAUAUGCUAGAAAUCAAGGGGGGUAAAGAACUUUUUCAACUGAUUGGUUAUGCUGAAGUAGAUCAUAGAGGACUUGAACGAUUUGAAGAGAAUAUUUCUGACUUAAUGGAGUUAUUAGUGGAUAUCAUCAUUGCUCGUUGUGAACUUACAGAAUAUUUGCUGGACGAUCACCCACAUCCACACUACAUUCUUCAUACUAUAAAAGAGUUUGCUGAUUCUGACCACUUCAAAGCAAUUACAUUUCUUCAUCAAAUCCCGUUGAAAAGCAUCAGGCAAGUAGUAAUAUUACAGAACAACAAAAACAAGACCCUCAUAUUUCUGAACAAGAACGUCUCGAGGCUUCUGAAAUGUCCAUCCAAAACUUGA